AUUAAUCAACAUUCAUAAUCUUGCCUUAUGUAAAUGUCAUCAAAAGUUUCAUAAACUGGAAAGUAGCCGUUGGAUCAUUGGAAAAGAAAAGGAAACAAAAGAGAAUACAAAUAAGUGAAAGAUGUGCUGAAUCUUUUUGAAAUAAGUCCAAUCCUUGUUCUUAGAUUUUCACAAUCUUUUUGUAAUCUUUCCUCUCUCUUUAGAAAUCUGUGAUGAAUCCUAAAAGAUGUGCUGCUUGCAGAUAUCUGAGAAGAAGAUGUCCAAAAGAUUGCGUUUUCUCACCUUUUUUCCCUCCAAACAAUCCUGAAAAAUUUGCAUGUGUCCACAGAAUCUAUGGUGCUGGAAAUGUUUCCAAAAUGCUUCAGCAACUUCCUGUUCAGACAAGAGCUGAAGCAGUGGAAUCUUUAUGCUUUGAAGCAACAUGUAGAAUUGAAGAUCCUGUUUAUGGAUGUGUAGGGAUGAUUUCUUUACUCCAAACUCAAAUUCAGAAAACUGAAAGGCUUUUGGCUAGAACUCAAGCUGAGAUCACUGUUUCUCAAAUCAAACAUAGCCAAAACCAACAUUCUGAGUUUAUGUAAUAUCUAAGUUUCAUCUAAUAAAUUCCAAAUAAAAGUUUUCUUCUACAUCUCUUUUGCUGAUUGGGUCUCUACUCUCUUGUACGCAUUUGUAUCCAGAAGUUGCUUGUCUCGUAAAGUUUCAAUAGAAUAUGUGUGAAAAGUUAAUGUUCUGUCUUGAGAAAACUUAACACUACAAAUUUCAAAAUCAUCUUUCAAUGUUCAAUGACUGUCUGUAGCCUUGUUUGCUACAUAUCUAUUAGUCAUUGUCGUAAAGAAUGUGAGUCUUUGCACUGAAUCUUUGCUGCUGUUGUUGAAUGGUUUUUCUAGCAAUGUUGAUACUUUGAUCUUGACUUUAUCCUCAUUAAUUUUCUUCUCACAGUAUGAUCUUUGCAUGAUCUGCAACCUUCCAAUUUUUGAAUAACUAGCUUUAGCUUUAGGUUUGUUAUGCAAUGCAAUGUUACUUUCCUUACGUUUCUUUGUUUCAGACAAUAGUUGUAAUGUUCUUGUAUGGUUCAGAAUCAUAUGAUAGUUUUGUGUGUUUAUAGUAAACUUAUACAGACCUCUGCUCUAAUUGGAGAACCAGCCUUAUCUUUAUUUGACCGUGACCACACAUAUACUAUGAAGAAAUAAUCCCAAAGUGAAAAGCCAAAAAAAAAAAUGAGGUCAAGGAUUGAUGUAUUUGUGAUCAUAGAAACAUUGAGAAGAUUACAAAGAGAGUGAUUUGAUAACCACAACCAUACAAAUCAGUAAGAAAGUUAUCCAGAAUAAUCUUCUUUGCCUCCAACUCAUCAUUUCCUUUUACUAUAUUACCACAUCUUUGUUACAAACACAUCUUUCUAGCAUCUGCUGCUACUUUCUGGUCACCAUGGCUUCAGCUACUUUCUCUGUUCCUAAACCAUCUCUUCAGGGUUUCACAGAGUUCUCAGGAUUGAGAAGCUCCUCUGCUUCUCUUCCCUUCGGCAACAAGAAACUUUCUUCCGAUGAGUUUGUCUCAGCUGUCACUUUCCAGACUUCUGCAUGGUGGAUACAGGAAAGGUGUGACCGAGGCUAAACUAAAGGUGGCCAUCAAUGGAUUUGGUCGGAUUGGGAGGAACUUCUUGAGAUGCUGGCAUGGUCGCAAGGACUCUCCCUUUGAUGUCAUUGCCAUCAACGACACAGGCGGUGUCAAGCAGGCUUCUCAUCUCCUUAAAUACGACUCUACUCUCGGAAUCUUCGACGCUGAUGUGAAGCCUUCUGGAGACGCUGCUCUCUCUGUUGAUGGAAAGAUCAUCAAGAUUGUGUCUAACCGCAACCCGUCUCUUCUUCCCUGGAAGGAGUUGGGAAUAGACAUAGUCAUUGAAGGAACAUGAGUGUUUGUGGAUAGAGAAGGUGCAGGGAAACACAUUGAAGCUGGAGCCAAGAAGGUUAUCAUUACAGCUCCAGGCAAAGGACAUCCCAACUUAUGCUGUUGGUGUCAACGCUGAUGCUUACAAUCCUGAUGAACCCAUCAUUAGCAAUGCUUCUUGCACUACUAACUGUCUUGCUCCCUUUGUCAAAGUUCUAGACCAAAAGUUUGGUAUCAUAAAGGGUACAAUGACAACAACUCACUCAUACACCGGAGACCAGAGGUUACUAGAUGCUAGCCACCGUGAUCUAAGGAGAGCAAGAGCAGCUGCACUAAACAUUGUUCCCACAUCUACAGGAGCAGCUAAAGCUGUGGCUCUCGUGCUCCCUAACCUUAAAGGAAAACACAAUGGAAUAGCUCUCCGUGUACCGACACCAAAUGUCUCAGUGGUUGAUCUCGUUGUCCAGGUCACCAAGAAGACUUUCGCUGAGGAAGUUAACGCUGCUUUCAGAAACUCUGCAGAGAAAGAGCUUAAAGGUAUCCUCAAAGUCUGUGAUGAGCCGCUUGUGUCUGUUGAUUUCAGAUGCUCAGAUGUGUCCUCGACCAUUGAUUCAUCACUUACUAUGGUUAUGGGAGAUGAUAUGGUUAAGGUGAUUGCUUGGUAUGAUAAUGAAUGGGGUUACUCACAGAGAGUUGUUGAUUUGGCUGACAUUGUUGCCAACAACUGGAAGUGAUUUGUAGCUUUUGAAACCAAAACUUGUCUCA